AAAACAUUACACAGAACGCAAAGAAAUCCAGAAAACGGAGAAGAAGAAGAAGAAGAAGAAGAAGAAGAAAAACAGAGAACAAUGAUGGAUCGGGUCGGAAAAUCUGGGUCGGGUCAGAUUCAAACGCUCUCCAAAUCGGCUCACCACCCUCUCCUCCGCCUCCGCCUUCUCUUCCUCUUCGUUCCAACUUAGACCCAUUUCUCAAUUUCUCAAUUUUUCCAUUUCCCCAUUUCUUUUUUCGUUUUUUUUUUUCCUUCUUUCUUCAGUUUCCCUCAAAAUGCCUUCACCAUUUCCACUAUUCCUCAACUUCCCUGACGAGAUCCUUAUCCGGGUCCGUCAAAAUCUGACCCACCACUCCGAUUCCAAGUCCUGGCGACUUGUUUGCAAGGAUUUCCACCGCGUCGAUCUAAUCUCUCGUAAAACUCUUCGUGUUCGUCGAAUUGAGUUUCUCUUGAGCUUAAUCACUAAGUUUGAAAACAUAGAUGAAUUAGAUCUCUCGAUUUGCUCACGGAUCAAUGAUGGGACGGUGUCUAUCUUUCUGGGUUUUGCGUCUUCGAGUCUGAGGAGAUUGAUUUUGAGGCGAUCGGCGGGAUUGAGCUACAUGGGGUUAGAGAAAGUGACGAGUCGUUGCACAGGGCUGGAAAUGGUCGACAUGUCGUACAGUUGGAGAUUUGGGGAUAGGGAAGCGGCGGCGGUGUCCAUUUGUGAAGGGUUGAAGGAGGUGAGGUUGGAUAAGUGUUUGGGGGUUACAGAUGUGGGUUUGGCGAGGAUUGUUGUUGGGUGUGGGAGAUUGGAGAAGCUAAGCUUGAAGUGGUGUUUGCAGGUUUCUGAUCUUGGUCUUGAGCUUUUGUGUAAGAAGUGCUUAAAUUUGAAGUUUCUUGAUCUCUCUUAUCUCAAGGUGACAAAUGAAUCACUACGUUCAAUAUCUUCUUUGCCAAAGCUUGAGACUUUGGUUAUGGCAGGCUGCCUUUCAGUUGACGAUGCUGGUUUGCAGUAUCUUGAACAUGGCUGCCCUUUUCUAAAGGAACUUGAUAUUUCAAGAUGUGAUGCCAUUAGUUCGUAUGGCUUAACAUCCAUUUUAAGAGGUCAUGAUGGUCUUGAGCAGCUUGAUGCAAGCUACUGCUUCUCUGAGCUUUCCACAGACUCUAUUUACAGGCUGAAGAACCUGAAAUGUCUAAAAGCAAUUAGGCUUGAUGGUACUCAACUCUCAAGCACGUUUUUCAAUGUGAUCAGCGACCACUGCGAGUAUUUGGUGGAACUCGGGUUGAGCAAAUGCUUGGGAGUGACUGAUGCAAACAUCAUUCAGCUGAUCUCUCGUUGUAUUAGCUUGAAAGUUCUCAAUUUAACAUGUUGCCACUCCAUCACUGAUGCGGCAAUAUCUAAAACAGCAACCUCUUGCCAGAAACUUAUGUCACUGAAGUUAGAAUCAUGCAACAUGAUCACUGAAAGAAGUCUCGAUCAACUUGCAUUGAACUGCCCCUUACUAGAGGAGCUUGAUCUUACUGACUGUUGUGGUGUGAAUGACAAGGGACUUGAAUGCUUAUCAAGAUGUUCACAAUUGUUAUCCUUGAAACUAGGAUUAUGCACAAACAUAACAGACAAAGGGUUGAUCAAGAUUGGUCUCAACUGCAAAAGGAUUCAUGAACUAGAUUUGUACCGUUGUCUAGGUAUUGGGGAUGCCGGAUUAGAAGCUUUAUCAAGUGGUUGCAAGAAGUUGAUGAAGCUGAACUUAUCAUACUGUAAUAAGCUUACGGAUAGAGGGAUGGGGUACAUCGGCCUCCUCGAGGAACUCUGCGUCUUAGAAAUACGUGGGCUUCAUAAUGUCACAGGUGUCGGUUUGACCGCAGUUGCAGCUGGUUGUAAGAGAUUAGUAGAUUUGGAUAUGAAGCAAUGUCAAAAUGUUGACGAUUCUGGUUUUUGGGCACUUGCCUCUUACGCUCAUAAUUUGCGACAGUUAAAUGUGAGCUCUUGUGCUGUCUCGGAUGUGGGAUUAUGCAUGAUGAUGGGGAACCUAACAUGCCUUCAGGAUGUUAAGCUCGUAAACCUAAACAAAGUCUCAGUACGAGGCUUCGACCUUGCACUUAGAACCUGCUGCCUCCGGAUCAAGAAAGUCAAGUUGCAUGCAUCUCUCAGGUUUACGCUCUCCUCAGAGAUACUUGAAAUUCUGAAUGCUUGGGGUUGCAAGAUUAGAUGGGAUUGACUGUGAAGCCAGCUGCUUCAUGCCACGAUUUCUUGAUAAUGCAUACUUUGUUUGUCAUGCUCAAUAAGUACAGAUUAAAUUCAAUGGAAGAAGUGCCUUACGUGGUAGCUUCUUAAUAGCUUUGCUUUCUUGAUACUGCUUUGUAUCAGAUGCAUAUAAAUUGAUAUGUAUUGAAUUAUUUUGUUUCCCUCAUUGCUGUGGGAUUGAAAUAAAGACAGUUUGAAAGCAUUUCGUCCUAAA